AUGGACUUAAACUUUGUAGCUGCCCCCAUGGUCAAUCAAUCAGACCUUCCUUUCCGGGUGCUUGUUCGUCGAUAUGGUGCCACUGCUGCUUAUACCCAGAUGUAUAUUCCCGAGAGAAUACUAUCUGAUAAGGAUUACCUGGAAUACCAUAUCCGCGAUCUUUGCAUGGGUAACGAUAAUGAACUGACGAGACCAGUUAUUGCCCAGUUAUGUGGGAAUGACCCUGAGAUUGUCGUUCAAGCUGGACGCAGAUUACAACCCUACUGCGAUGCUAUUGAUUUGAAUCUUGGAUGCCCUCAAGAAGCGGCAAAAGAAGGUCAUUUCGGAGCGUAUCUAUUGGGACAAAAAGAUUGGCCACUCGUGAACGACAUCGUGUCCGCAAUGUCGCACUCUUUCACUGUGCCAGUUUCCGCCAAGUUUCGGCUAUGUCAACCGUCAUCCAAAACGGUUGAAUUGGCGCAGCAACUCGAAGCAUCGGGUGCAGCAUGGGUGACUUUGCACGCACGUACUGUCUCUGCCCGCAGAAGACGCCAGGGUGCAGCCGAUCUGAACGAGGUAAAGCGACUCAAGGAAAAUCUUCGGAUACCUGUCAUAAGCAAUGGAAACGUCCGUGGUUUUGACGAUUUACAGAAAAAUUUGAACAUUACCAGUGCCGAUGGUCUAAUGGUAGGCGAGACUUUGCUUGGAAAUCCAUGCCUCUUCUCGGGGAUUGUGCCAGACCCAAUUGAUAUCUCUUUGGAAUACUUGGAUAUCUGCAGGGAAUACCCUGGGACGACAUUGGUAACCAUACAAACCCAUAUACGGCACUUUGUGGAAUUCCAAUGUGGUCGACGGCCAUGGUUUCCGAAGUUCAGAUCUGCUUUGUCGUCCACGAAUUCUUUAGAUGCCAUCGAAUCUUUGCUAGCGUUCAAAAUAGAAAGAUGGCGUGGACGACCCCCGAGAAAGACGCGCUCCCUUGAGUACCCAAUCGACUCAACCGAGGAUGUGGAAGAUCCGGAAGAAAAAGAAGACUUGGACGAUGUUCUUGGACUGGAAAUUUUCAAAGAAAGUUCUGGCCUAACUGCUGGAUACUAA